CAGUAUAAUGUAAAGCACUGAGAUGUAUUCUUUCGGUUGGAUAUUCUUCUUAAUCGUAGCGAUCAGUUCUGUUAGUGUGCAGCAGCCGACUUUCUUCAAGAACACGUACAAAGGAUUGAAUGGUGUCACGGUGUGGAACGAUGUACAGAACAAAGAUGAAAUAAGGGCUGUGUAUUACCAUGAUCAGACUGUUGCGGUGGUCGACCUUGGAAUUAACAAUGAAUUGCACAAUUGCAACUUGAUUGAAGUUUACGAACAAGAAGAAGCCACUGAAGUUUUAAGAAAUCUAUCGUUGACAACUGUUCCUCAAAAGGUGUCCUUUCAGGAGAUGACAAAACUCAUGCAGCAAUGUGAACUGUUAGAUGAAAUAAAGGACAAUGAAAUGUCUGGUUCGAUGAUCAAUACAAUGAGCAAAAGUAUUAAUGGAAUGGGGAGCGUUUUGUCUCUUCUUUCAGGCAUCUUACCAGGUACAAAAUGGUGUGGAGCUGGAGACAUUGCUGAAAACUAUCAUGAUUUAGGUCAAGAGGCUCAGAUUGAUAGGUGCUGCCGAAGCCAUGAUCUUUGUCCCGUUAAAGUCCGAGCUCAACAAACGCGAUACAAUCUCACCAACUAUUCCAUAUAUACCAAAUCGCACUGUGUGUGCGACGAGGCGCUGUACUAUUGUUUGAAAGCUGCAACGCAUCCAGCUGCACACAUCAUGGGUCACAUAUACUUCAAUGUAAUGAAAAUACCGUGUAUAGAAGAUGCCGCCCUAGCUCAAGAUACUUCCAUAGGACUAGGACGACGAUUUAUUCCUGUUAAAAAGAAUUAUUAGAAUGAUUCAAUUGGAUGAUUUACAUUGUAUAGCAAUAAUUUUAAUAUUUUUAUACUGCAAUGUUGUACAAUUUUCUUAAAAUAAGAAAUUGGGAAAGGAUAUUUAU